AUGGCCCUUUCCAAUGGUGUCAACCAGUUCCUGGGUAUGCGAUAUGCCGCGCCGCCCACGAGAUCACGCCGUUUCCGGCUGCCUGAUCGACCGCUCGAUGAAAAGCACUUAGUCCAAGCUCACAAGCAUGGCGCUGUCUGUUAUGGCGUUAACCCAUCUGUUCCGACCCCCGACUUGGAGUUCUCAGAAGACUGCCUGUUCAUCGACGUAUACGCUCCGAAAAAUGCGACCCUCAACAAAGAUGGCGGUCUUCCAGUCAUGUUGUGGAUCCAAGGUGGCGGAUUUGUCCAGAACAUCAAUGCAAACUACAAUGGCUCCGGCCUCAUCGAAGCAACCCGGGGAAACAUGAUUGUGGCCACCUUUAACUACCGUGUUGGACCUUACGGGUUCCUUGCCAACCAUCAAUUGAAAGAAGAAGGAAACCUGAACGUAGGACUUCAUGAUCAGAUGGCCGCCAUCAACUGGAUUCAUGAACAUAUCUCCAAAUUCGGAGGCGAUCCGGAAAAAGUGACACUUUUUGGUACUUCAGUUGGCGGAGGCAGUGUUCUUCUACAUUUGCUGGCAUAUGGAGGCAACUCCACGAACAGCUCUAAGCAGUGGAGGGCAGGAAUUGCCGAGUCCAUGUAUCUCCCCUCAGUCUAUACUGUUGAUGAGAUGAAGUUCCAUUACGAUCACCUGCUUACGGCAACGAACUGUAGCGACUUGGAAUGUCUGCGCCAGUUGCCUACUGAACAGUUUCAAGCCAAGAACACGGCUAUCCCGUUUCCUGGGCAACAUGAGCCUGCUCUUUUUGGAUAUGGCCCGACCAUCGACGGCAGCUUUCUCCCAGAUCGGCCUUCCAGUCUGCUUCAACAGGGACGCUUUGCUAAAGACAAACCAAUAAUCCUGGGAUCGUCGAAUACGGAGGGAACGGUCUUUGCACCGCAAGCCAACACUACUGACGAUGUGAACCAAUUCCUAACGGCGCAAAUCCCUAGUCUGACAAAAGAGGCCCUGAGUAGGCUGAACCACCUUUACUCAGACAUACCAGCGACGUUUCCCAACGUCAACGUCACGCAGGCUCCACUAUACUACAGAGCAGCAGAGAUGUUCGGCGAUUCCUCCUUCCUUUGUCCGGCUUUCCAGUUUGCCGCCGGUCUCCAUCAUGCUGGUGUUCCAGCGUACUUGUAUCUCGAUCGUAUCCUAGAUCCGGUCGAGGUCGCGACUGGCUACAUUGUGCCACAUACUUGGGACACGCAGGCUGUCUGGGGGCCUUCAUUCGCCGUCAACUACGCUGCUUUGCCGGGCGCCAUUAGUUACGAACCCAGUCAAUCUAAUGCUGCGAUAGUACCUGUCGUGCAGGCUUUUUGGACUAGUUUCGCGCGAUCUUCUGGCAAUCCCAAUAUCUUUAGGGCAAGUGGAACGCCGGCUUGGAACAAGUCUAUCGGUGGUAGCUUUCUUAACAUUGAGACGAACAAUACUAGGAUGGAACAAAUAAGCAGCUCGCUACUUGAGAAAUGUGCUUACUGGGCGGACCUUGCGGCAGAAACAAGACAAUAG